AUGUUUUGCAAAUUACAGGUGACUUUGCUCUUUGUGCUUAUUGCAGCAGUGGUGCACUCGGCUACAAUCCUCGUAACUGAUGUUGUCUACGUUACAGUACAGAGAUCAGCCAUUUAUAAUGAGUCUGGCGUGUACUAUACGGAAUAUCCAGUGGGUAACCCGUCACCAACAGCAAUUUCAACUACUACUGAUGUUGCCCUAGCAACCAUGGCUAAUACGGUUGAGGUUGUCCAAUCGAUAGAAGCUUCAACACUACAGUCAUCUUCAACAUCGGCCUCUAUAUUGAGUACAAAAGCAUCUACAACAAGCACUAGGGCCGUGGUAACUACCUCGGCUACUCCUACCACUCCCCCACCGGUUCCCGUAACAACGAAAAUAUCCAGCAGUAUUGUCGCACCAGCCCCAGCCACCCACGUCCAAGCACAACGCAAGCCGAGCACAUUAACUACGAAAGCCAGUCCCUCAACUCCCACACCACAAGUUGCAAGUGCAGAACCAUCAUUCCAGAAUGAGAUUUUGAGUGCCCACAAUGCCAAACGUGCUGCUCAUGGAGUCGCAGCAUUGUCAUGGAGUCAAGAGCUCUACAACUACGCACAGAAGGUAGCUAAUGCUUAUGACUGUUCUGGUAAUUUAAAACACACCUUCGCCCCAUACGGGGAGAAUUUGGGUGUGGGAUACAGUUCUGCCCAAUCUGUCGUUAAUGCCUGGUACUCAGAAGGAAAGAAUUACAACUACCAAUUGGCCACCACAUUUGAUCAUUUUACCCAAGUCGUUUGGAAAUCUACUACACUUUUGGGGUGUGCUUAUAAAGACUGUAGUUCUAGAGGUUGGGGGAUGUAUGUGAUUUGCAAUUAUAAAGAAGUGGGUAAUAUGCGAGGAAAGGGGAAACAGAAUGUGCUUCCAUUGAUCUAG